UGAACGAAACAAUGCAGGGCACGACACUGGUGCCCGACGGUUCCGGUGAGACGCCGUACGUGGACGAAGGAAACCUUACCGGACUGUCGGCGGAAAAUCCUUCGCUGGCGAUGGAAGGUUUGCUGGCGCUGGCCAUGAAUGCGAGCGGUGCGGAACGGUGCCGGCUGCAGCAACAGGCCGAAGAGUUGCUGCAGGACGUUGCCUGCCCAUCCUUCUUCGACAUGGUGUCCUGUUGGCCUCGAACACCACCCGGCACGUUGGCCGUGUUGCCGUGCUUUGCGGAGCUCAAGGGUGUGCAGUAUGAUAGUUCGCAGAAUGCAACCCGUUUCUGUAACCACGACGGUACCUGGGCUAAUUACACCGACUACGACCGCUGCCAGCACAUCGAUCAACCGUCCCCGCUGCCAAGCUUCGAGCCGGAAAUUGAACUGCCCACACUGAUCUACUUCGUCGGGUACUCCAUCAGCUUGGCCGCGCUCGUGCUGGCCGUAGCGGUGCUGGUGUAUUUCAAUAACUACUCUGCCCGCAGGGAUUUGCGCUGCUUGCGGAACACGAUCCAUGUGAACCUGUUUCUUACGUACAUCAUGUCGUCGAGCCUUUGGAUACUCAUCCUUUCGCUGCAGAUCACCGUGAAGCUGGAAGUGGCUGGCUGUAUAUUUCUCGUAACGCUCUUUCACUACUUCAGCACAACCAACUUCUUCUGGAUGCUGGUGGAAGGUCUGUAUCUUUACAUGCUGGUGGUGCAAACGUUUUCCGGUGACACGCUGCGCUUUCGGAAGUACGCCAUUAUUGGAUGGGGAGGCCCGUUAAUCUUCGUUGGUGCGUGGGCCAUCGCAAAACCGUUUUUUGGAUCAUCCGCGAAUUUGGAACAUCCCAAUAAACUCGAAAUAGAAUGCUCCUGGAUGCGUGAAUCUCACAUCGAUUGGAUCAUUCAGGGCCCGUCCUGUGCCGUGCUGGUUAUCAAUCUCAUCUUCCUGCUGCGCAUCAUGUGGGUGCUGAUCACGAAGCUCCGGUCGGCGAAUACGGUCGAGACGCGCCAAUAUCGGAAAGCUUCAAAAGCGCUGCUCGUACUGAUACCCCUGCUAGGCAUCACCUACCUCAUCGUUAUCUACGGUCCGGACGGAGGUGUUGGCAGCCACAUAUUUGCCAUCACACGGGCCAUUCUUCUUAGCACACAGGGUUUCGUCGUAUCGCUUCUCUACUGUUUCCUAAACUCUGAAGUACGGCAAACACUGCGCCAUCAUUUCUAUCGCUGGCGGGACGAACGAAACAUCCUUUCCGGGAAGGUGAACAACCAUCACCGUAGGCCGACGUUCAGCAAGGACAAUUCACCUCGUUCGCACACCGAAAGCACACGUACGGUUGAGUACAGCAUCGCCACGCUGAAGCAUUCGUGCGUGCUGAGAGAUUAAACGUUAAUUGCUAGUCGCAUCGUCUCGGUUCCAGGGUUUUU